AUGGCCCAACAAGAACGGCUGUGGAAGCAGCAAACGCGCUGCGGAUGCAAUAUGCCCCCACGUUUCAAAGGGCUUGCCACCAAGCGAUCUUCCAACCUUUGUCGUCUCCUCGCCAGGACUAACCCACAUCACUUUUACCGCGGAGGCUGUAUUGCAAAAGCUGACGUCUCUACGCAAACACAGCUCGCCGGGUGUCGACACCAUUCGUCCAGAGGCACUGGAAGCAGCAGCAAGCCAACUGGCAGGACCUUUAGCUCAGUUUUUCCAGCGCUGCUUAGACCAGAAUCAAGUUCCCGCUAUGUGGAAGCUUGGAAUAAUAACCCGAUUCACAAAGGUGGAAGCAGAACUGAUCCCUCCAACUACCGCCCAGUAUCCCUUCUUCCUAUACUCUCCAAGGUCAUGGAAUCCAUAGUUGCCGAUGCACUGGUGUGCUAUCUGGAAAACUGUAACAUCAUCACGCCUGAGCAGCACGGUUUCCGUCGACAGCGGUCAUGUACAACGAAUUUACUAAUUGCACGCAGUAGUUGGACCGAGGCAGCUGACGCUGGAGAAGGCGUUGAUGUGAUCUACCUGGAUUUUUCCAAGGCUUUCGAUCGUCUAGACCAUCGGAUACUACUCUCCAAGCUCCAGCAUUACGGGAUCGGCGACCCUCUUUUAAGCUGGAUUGCCAACUUUCUACUUCAACGGCAAUUAGUGGUCAGAGUUCGGAGCUCUUUAUCGAACCCCAUACAAGUCGAGUGUGGUGUGCCGCAAGGCUCAGUUCUAG